AUGGAGCAAACAUACCCCGAUCACAUAUGCACUCCAGAUCGCCAUGGGCAAGAUCACGUACGUCCUACCGAUCGCAAGGGACAUACCCUUGGAAAGAGUUACGUAGCUCGUCUGAUCGGUCCUCCUUGUAGGUGUGAACUCUUCCGAGGGCUACACCACCGUGGUCCACGAACACGUUUGCGUAACCGUGUUUACUGCACCAACUCACUAGUCACUACAACCCAUACGCGCUUUCUUGUCGUCGAAAUACGUUCAUGUGUUAUUUUUGCAGCCGACCGGUUAGGUGGACGGAUCUUCACACAUGAGGAGUCUCGAUCUCAUCACCAUCCGUCGCCACAUAGCAGCUGCGAGGAAGGUGUAACCACCGCCACCAACGCCUGUGGUGGCGUCCCCAGCCGACCCCUAGAGCUCGGAGCGCAGUGGUUGCAUGGCACGGUCGGGAACCCGCUGUUCGACUUCUGCGUAGAGGAGGGGAUUUUCGACUCUCAAGAGGGAAGGAUAGAGCUCGCCAUGGCCAAGAGGGCCUACGCUGCUAGAGACGUCCAGGCACGAAGGCCGGAUGGCACCCAGGUGUCGCGGCGGGAGUUCGUGCGGCAUUCGGAAGCGUGGUCCCAAGCCGUUCUCGAGGCGGAAACUCUGUACGCGGCUUCUCUCGCCGCGGAAGCGGAGACGGCAGCCGAGGGAGGCAAUGCUGAGGAUCAGCAGCAGCAGCAGCGGCAGAAUCUCGACCCCAAAAGGUUGGAGGCAGCAGCAACGAUAACGGUACCGAAUAGCCCCCGACAAGACCCUCAUGUGAAGGGCAUCAGCGAUAAUGUCAACAAUGGAGGCAGCACCCCCAACGUUGUCAUGAGCGCUGACAGCCGGCGGGAAGACCGUGUCGGCGCAUUUUUGCAUCUAAGAGUGCGCGAGAUCCUUCGCGCGGGCGGCGGUAGCAGCGGCGGCUGCGGCAUCGACGAAGACAUUUUGGGGUACCUGGUGAGAAAGCAGCACGCUGUCGAGGGCUGCGAUGACCUGGAUGUCGUGUCGGUCGCAGGGUACGGCAUGUACGAGGAGCUCGAGGGCGGGGACGUUAGAGUCCCCGGCGGGUUUUCCAGGGUGGUGGAGGCGUUGGCGGCGAAGAUAUCGCCGGAGCGGAUAAGGUUGCAGUCUCCUGUUACGCGGGUGCAGUGGGCCUCACAAGGACAACAAGAAGAGCGGCGAGAGUCCCCCUUCGCCGAGAGCCACCCGUGUGUUGUGGAGUACACCACUAGGAGGCAUUCGUCAGGCGGGAUAGAUGUCGGGGGGGAGCAAGACCACUCAGACCUGGUUUCCACGAUGAGGAUCAGGUGCAGGCGUGUCUUGGUCACGGUGGGCCUCGGCGUACUCAAGGACGGCACGGCCCUGACGUUUUCCCCACCUCUACCCCAGGCAAAGCUGGCGGCCAUCCGCCGCGUAGGAUUCGGGACAGCCGACAAGUUUUUCGUGAGGUAA